AUGUUGUCUAAGAAUUCCAUCCGACACAAUCUGUCCCUCCACAGCCGUUUUGUCAAAGUCCAGAAUGAAGGAACAGGGAAAAGUUCCUGGUGGAUGGUCAACCCAGAGGGUGGGAAAGGAGGCAAAGCUCCUCGUCGACGGGCUGUAUCGAUGGACAACAGCAAGUACAUCAAAGGAGCUCGAGGACGUGCCACCAAGAAGAAGGCCUCACUUCAAGCCGCUCAAGAUGGCAGCUCUGAGAGCUCCUCAAGCCUCUCCAAAUGGACAGGAAGUCCAACUUCCCGCAGCAGUGAUGAGCUAGACGCCUGGACAGACUUCCGUUCCCGGACAAAUUCUAACGCCAGCACACUCAGCGGUCGUCUGUCCCCGAUCCUGGCCAACCUGGAGCUGGACGAGGUGCCUGAUGAUGACUCCCCCCUCUCCCCAAUGCUGUACUCUAGUCCCAGCAGCAUGUCUCCGUCAACAGGGCCCACAGGGCUCUCUGACCUGGCAGGUACCAUGAACCUCAAUGAUGGACUCUCUGACAACCUGAUGGACGACCUUUUAGACAAUAUUAGCUUGACAGCAUCCCAGCAGCCUCCUCCUGGAGAGGAGGACAACGGAGCAAACGGUCAGGGGAGCUCACUGUUUACCUUCAGCUGCUCAGGAAGCAGUCUGGGGAGCCCCUCUGGCAGCUUCGGUUCGAACCCUCUUUUCAGUCCUCCGUCCAUCACAAGCCUGCGCCAGUCACCCAUGCAGACCAUUCAGGAGAACAAGCAGACCAACUUCUCCUGCAUCUCGCACUUUAGCGACCAUCAGACCCUGCAGGAUCUGCUCAGUCUGGACUCCCACAGCCACAGCAAUGUCAUGCUCACCCAGUCCGACCCGCUGAUGUCGCAGGCCAGCACCGCCAUCGCUCUGCAAAACUCUCGUCGAAAUGCCAUGCUGCUGCGCAAAGACCACGUGUUGGUGAACCCCGCCAGCGCAGGUCAGGGUCAAAGCUCAUCAGUGCCUGGUUGGCAAGCUGGCUUGUCAACCUCUGACAGCGAUGCCAGUCACCCUAUUGCCAAGCAGCCACACCUGAGGUCACCCAGCAAGAACGCCUCUAUGCAGCUCGGCUCUGGUUUGUCCGGCCAGGACCGUUUUCCUGCCGAUCUGGACCUGGACGUGUUCAAUGGCAGCCUGGAGUGUGACAUGGACUCCAUCAUCCGCAAUGAGUUGAUGGAUGCAGAUUGCCUGGACCUCAGCUUCGACUCUUGCCUCACUUCCGCCCAGAAUGCCAAUAGGAAUUCAGGAAGCUUUUCAAGCUCAAAACAGACCUCCCCUCAAAGCUGGGUCCCAAGCUGAGAGGCUCUGUCGGAGCAUGAUUUAAAAAAGAAAAGAAAAAAAGUGGCGGAAAUGUAAAUUGGGUUUCAUUGUCCUGAAUUGUGGAACUAGAGGGAAUGAAGUGUGUAAAAGUGUAUUCAUGUAGUAUUUUUUUCCAUUGUUUUUAAUGUGAGGCAUUAAGUUCGAUACUGUAUUUUAAGUGUCUGAGACACAUAAUGGUGUCUACACAGCGGAGAAAAAAAAUUCUUUAAAAAGAUCAAAACCUGGGCGGUGUGAACAACAGCACUGACUUCUAGUACAGGACAUUUUGUUAAAACUAUAUGAAAAGCAUCAACUCAUGUUAGUCUCAGGGAAUCACGCAUAUCACAAAGUGAUACAUGAUGAAGAUGAAUUCUGUUUCCACCCUGCUUUUCUCCCUUUUCACACCCUUUCGUACCUAAACCAACAUUUUUGCCAAACCAGCUGUCAGCCUGUUGUUGGCUGACGGCCUGUUUACAGAAUGAGAAUGUUGCAUCAUUACGUUCCAGUGGAGGAUACUUGACAAGCUUUUGUUUUUAUUUUAAUGUUUCUUUGAGAGACGUAGCCUAAAUGGACUAAAAGAUUUAAAACAAAUGCUUUUUUUUCCCCCCAUUGAUGCACCGAGUCAUGCACCAAAUAUCAGUCUGUAGAGGUUAAUAUGUUAUCAAGAUGUGAACUGAUCUACAUUGUGUGGUUAUUGUAUGUAAUGUUUUCCUUUCAUUUAGCGAAUUUGACCCUGUGAGUUUAGUGACAUUACUGUGAAUUCUGUUCCUUCAGAAGAGGUUCAUUACUGACGUCUUGAUGAUAUGGUGUUUUCUGCUGCAGAUCCCUUUCACCAUCUUCCCCGCUCGUCCUCCUCUUCCUCCUCUUCCUCGUACUGCAAUAUCGGAGGUCCCGUCCGUGUAGAGUUUAGGACGGAGAUAAGGACAUGAUUUAGCUCUAGUUGACACCAUUUACAUUAGCAUUUAGGAAUAUCUGGAUUCAAAUAACUGCACUCCACAGCACUCGACUACAAUAUCUUGGUGUUUGAAUUUGAAGUUCUUGGUGCUAUAAAUAAAGAGAUGGCAGGGAGUGGCUGCAGAUGGAGUGUCAAUAGUAGCCUCUCCUUUGUUAUCAGCACUACAGCAGGUGCUGGGGAAAAAAGGCUGUGAUCGAAUCGUCUUGUUUUUGGCUUCAUUAGGUUCCUGGAGAAAUGACUCAGAAGUAUCUUAAGUUGCAGCCGUUAUGAGGUCGAAUUCUCUAAAUGCUUACGAAAGGUGCUCCGGUGCUUCUUUUCUUAUCUCCUUCAGCAUAGGACACACUGGACCAUCCUUUACAACAGGAAAGGAGAUAAUUCAAUUCCUUGCAGCAGCAACAUUUAUUGAUGCACGUCAAUAACAUCCGCUGUCACAUUAUUACACAGCCCAGUGUGAGUGUGGCCAGAUUGUCUUAGAGCCCCAGUCCUCUUCGGGAAUCCUCCUUCACGUCUUUCCUUGACCGCGUGACGGUUUUUUUAUGUGGGUCAAGGAAAAGUGGUCGGGCAAGGACGCGGGACGUAAUUCGUUUUUUUUGACGAUUGGACCACAGCCGUAAGUGUUUCAAACCCUGCGAGAGGACGUUGUGUUGUAUCUUAGAGCCAUUUUUGCCAUUUUAGAACGAAAGAACCACAGUAUUUGAAAUAUUGCCAAAACAUUUCUGCAUUUGAAUAAGCAGAAAUAAGAGGAUAUACAGUGUAUACAUGUUAGGAACCAGUGCUGCAGGUGCAAAAAAAAAAAAAAAAGAAUUACAUCAGCACAGUUUUUGUCGGGACAGCAGGAUGAAUUGGAAAAAAAACUAGACUUUUUGUGUAAUUUUGUCUCCUUGCUAAAUUUACCUCAAUCAUUUUAAGAGAUGCACAUUUGCUUUAUUUAUUAAAUUCUCUCUUAAUGUGGUUCUGCAUGUUUUACCCCACGUAAAGUGGGUUAGAGCUGCAGGAAAGCACUUUUGUUUUGACAGUCUGUUCGAUCUACCCACGUUUUGACCCCCCCGGUCGGGCGAUCAUCAGGACAGACGACCAAUGAAUCAAUUUAAUUGAUUAGUUAUAGAAAAUUCGAAAUGUUGCAAUUAACUGACAUUGAUGUGAGAGAAACACAUUCUGCACAUUUAUGUUCCCAAAUCAUUUUUCCAUCUUCACGUGGAUGAUUUAAUCUUCAAAAUACAAAUGACAUAAAACUUUGUUUUUAUUCUACAUGAAUUCUGAGUAACACUCACUGCCAAUAUCCAUUCUCUAUUUCUUCCUCUUGCUCCUACAAAACAAGACAUCAAGUUGAGAUUGUCGGCUGUAAUCCCAAUUCUUAUCUUGGCUGUAACAGAGAUGGUGCAUGUAAAUAAAGCUUAAA